GUGAUGAUUCUCACAUUUGUGAACCAGUCGACAAUUUUGAGUGAGCCGACUUCUGUUGCCGAAGCAAGAAGCAUCAAUUUUUCGAACAUAUCGUCAUGGCGUCUACAAAGGUGGUAAAUAUUCCGAAAGGAGGAUUUUCUUUUGAAAAUUGUCAAAGAAACAAUUUCAUGUCCAACCAAGGCUUUCCAGCACCCAAAGCUGUCAAAACAGGAACAACCAUUGCUGGUUUUAUUUUCAAGGAUGGAGUCAUUCUUGGUGCCGACACAAGGGCCACAGAGGGAAAUAUUGUUGCAGACAAAAACUGCUUCAAACUUCACUACAUGGCACCCAACAUUUAUUGCGCUGGUGCUGGAACUGCAGCUGAUCUGGAGAUGACUACUUUGCAGAUGUCUUCCCAGUUAGAACUCCAUCGUCUGAACACUGGACGCCAGGUUAAGGUUGCAACAGCCAAUCGCUUGCUCAAGCAGAUGCUUUUCCGUUACCAGGGACACAUUGGAGCUGCUUUGGUUCUCGGAGGCAUUGACAGUUCAGGACCCCAUGUCUGCUGCAUUUACCCACACGGUUCGACUGACUCUUUGCCUUUCGUAGCCAUGGGUUCCGGUUCGUUGGCCGCUAUGGCUUUCUUGGAAUCGGGUUGGAAGCCCGACAUGGAAUUGGCUGAAGCCAAAAUGCUGAUGAGGAACGCCAUUUGCGGUGGUAUCUUCAACGAUUUGAUGUCUGGCAGUCACGUCGACUUGUGUAUCAUUACUCGCGAGAAAGCCGAGAUGAUUCGACCGUUUGAAGUGGCCAACGUUAAAGGUGAACGCCAAGGCUCGUACCGUUAUCCUCGCGGGUGCACGGCUACCCUCUCAACUCGGGUCAUCCCCAUCGAAAUCGAAUCCACUGUCGUGCGUCCAGUUGGCGAAGAAAGCAUGGACACGGCUUAAAUCCAAACAUAUUGAACCCCACACCUUUUUUUUCGUUUCAAACAAAAAGAAAAAAAAAUAAAAUAAAAGAAGUCGAAUCCAUAAA